CAUUACUUCGCUUUGCUGCUUCCAGAGGGGUUGUAUUAUCUUUUGGAAAGCAAUGAAAUUCCUCAUUGUCCUUCUCCUGGCCGUGGCCCUGAACACAGCCCUCAGUGUGGAGUUGGUGGAAAAAUUGGAGUUUGAUAUCUUCAAAACCGAAACGACACGCAAAUUUGAGGUGAUUACAUUGAAAUUAGAUGAAAUAUUGAAGCAAAAUAGGCUAGGACCUCCCGGACGGACCGCCGAUAUUAGGCUUAUCGGUACACCCGGUGUACCAGGUCCUGUAGGACCUCCCGGACUUGUCGGUAUACCCGGUCUGCCUGGUCCUGUAGGACCUCCCGGACUUAUCGGUAUACCCGGUGUACCUGGUCCUGUAGGACCUCCCGGACUUAUCGGUAUACCCGGUGAACCUGGUCCUGUAGGACCUCCCGGACUUAUCGGUAUACCCGGUGUGCCUGGUCCUGUAGGACCUCCCGGACUUAUUGGUAUACCCGGUGUACCUGGCCCUGUAGGACCUCCCGGACUUGUCGGUAUACCCGGUCUGCCUGGUCCUGUAGGACCUCCCGGACUUAUCGGUAUACCCGGUGAACCUGGUCCUGUAGGACCUCCCGGACUUAUCGGUAUACCCGGUGAACCUGGUCCUGUAGGACCUCCCGGACUUAUCGAUAUACCCGGUGAACCUGGUCCUGUAGGACCUCCCGGACUUGUCGGUAUACCUGGUCUGCCUGGUCCUGUAGGACCUCCCGGACUUAUCGGUAUACCCGGUGUACCUGGUCCUGUAGGACCUCCCGGACUUAUCGGUAUACCCGGUGAACCUGGUCCUGUAGGACCUCCCGGACUUAUCGGUAUACCCGGUGUGCCUGGUCCUGUAGGACCUCCCGGACUUAUUGGUAUACCCGGUGAACCUGGUCCUGUAGGACCUCCCGGACUUAUCGGUAUACCCGGUGUGCCUGGUCCUGUAGGACCUCCCGGACUUAUUGGUAUACCCGGUCUGCCUGGUCCUGUAGGACCUCCCGGACUUAUCGGUAUACCCGGUCUGCCUGGUCCUGUAGGACCUCCCGGACUUAUCGGUAUACCCGGUGAACCUGGUCCUGUAGGACCUCCCGGACUUAUCGGUAUACCCGGUGUGCCUGGUCCUGUAGGACCUCCCGGACUUAUCGGUAUACCCGGUGUGCCUGGUCCUGUAGGACCUCCCGGACUUAUAGGUAUACCCGGUGUACCAGGUCCUGUAGGACCUCCCGGACUUAUCGGUAUACCCGGUGUACCUGGUCCUGUAGGACCUCCCGGACUUAUCGGUAUACCCGGUGUACCUGGUCCUGUAGGACCUCCCGGAUGGCCCGGGCCUUAUGGACCUCGCGGAUAUCCCGGGAUGCGAACUGGAGACGAUUUGGAGUAGUGGGCGGUUCAGUUCUGCUCCGCUCCCCACAGUUUGAUGUAGUUCCAGAUUGAUUUAUGUUCUCCUGUGGUCGUCCGCAUCGUCAUGGUCCCAGCUGCGGAGGCGUCACAGCUGUAGGGAAGGAAAUAUAUAAAAAAAAAAAGUAAAA